AUGUACGCUUUCUGCAGUAACGCUUGUAUUGAUGAGUUCAGAAGGAUUUACCGCAUGGAGGCUCGCUGUGAACACUGCAAGCUCGAUAAAAUUGUAAAAGUAGUGAGAAGGAUAAACAAGGUUGACCGUUCUUUCUGCAGUGAGAGAUGCAAGACAAUCUUUGAGCAUAGCCUGUUCAAACGCUGGGGAAAGAAACACUGUAGCAACUGCCUUUACUGUAACAGCACUUCUAAGACUCUAGUGACUGAUGUCUUUGAUGGAAAGCAAGAGGAGUUCUGUGGGAACGAUUGCUUGAUAAAACAUAAUUCACUGAUGCGUCAGGAAAUAAAGUGCUCAAUGUGCAAGCAGGCCAAGAAGGUAACGGAGUCGGUGAAAUGGCUGGGUGAAAUGAAGCAUUUCUGCAGCCUGCGGUGCCUGAUGUUCUUCUGCAGUCUGCAGGGCAUCACUGGAGUGGUUGCAAAUAAAUCUCUGGCCACACAAGGUGUGACACCAGUAUCCUCUGCAGUUCCUCAAAGUACUAAAGAGGGCACACCGGUCAUUGCCAAUGUUGUCUCACUUUCAACUGCAUCCAACAACCAGCCAGGCGUUUUGGGAAACCCAGGUCCAAAAGGCUCUGUUCCUGUAAAAGUCACAGGAAAUAAGUGUGCUGUGAAAGCUGCUGUCUCUUCAUCCCAAACCCAGAAAGACAAGGACUUGCCACAUAAAUCCAUCAGCAAAAACAAAGCCACGUCCUGUAAACCUCACACCUGUGAUGCUGAAGCACAAAUAGAUGGAACUCCUAAAGUGAUAGUGCUGCCAGUGCCAGUGCCAGUGUAUGUGCCAGUUCCCAUGCAUCUCUACACUCAAUACAUUCCACAGUCUUUGGGGCUUCCACUUCCGGUUCCGGUGCCCUUGUUCUUCCCUACAACUCUGGACAAUGCCGAGCACAUUGUGAAGACCAUUCAGGAAAUCAAAGAGAAGAUCCCUGAUGACCCACUGGAGGCCGACCUCAUCAUGAUGGCAGAGAUGGUGGCUGAGGAUGCAGAGAAGGAGAAACACAUCAUCUCUAGUGAUCAGACUGGUAACAUAAUGGAGGAUCUUGAUUUGGAAGAUCUAUCAAGCAAUCUGAGUUGGGAGGAGGACUCUGUGUCUUUUGCCCAGACAUGGGAUCAAACCCCUGAACCUGAGAGGCCUCCUCCACCCGGACCUGCCACACUGACCCCCGUCUCCACCGCCGCAGAAGAGCCACAGAUGGACCUGGAGGCCGAUUUCCCAAUCGAGAGCAUUGAAAAUUUUAGAAAGCAAAUGCAAAAGGAGAUCAAUUCUGGAAAACAGAGAUCACGCAAGAGAGGACACGAUGGCUUCCCUGAGAAGAAACAGGGCAGUAAGUGUGCAUCAGCACCUCCAAACAGCCUCUCCAAACUGCAACACGAGUACGGAGUCAAAGCCUGGAAGAAGUGGGUGCGCUGGAGGAGCGCCCAACCCGACAUGGAGACUCUCAAAUUUGGCUCACGCAGUAUGACACUAAAGGAGGAUUUGUUGAAGUGCUGCACUGCUGAACUAAGCUAUGGCCUCUGCAAGUUCAUUUCUGAAGUUCGUCGACCCAACGGAGAGAAAUACAGCCCUGACAGCAUCUUUUAUCUCUGUUUGGGAAUCCAGCAGUACCUGUUUGACAACAAUCGGAUGGAGAACAUCUUUGCUGAUGUCUUCUAUGCCAAAUUCUGCCAUGAAAUGAGCAACAUACUCCGAGGGUGGAAGCCAACUAUUUUACCCAGCGGUUAUGUUCAUUCUCGUGUGGAGGAGUAUCAUCUGUGGGACUGUAAGCAGCUGGGGGCGUUUUCACCCGGUGUGCUGCUCAACACGCUGCUUUACUUCUUCACUAAGUACUUCAACUACAAGACUGUGGAGCAGCACCGCCGCCUCUCUUUUGGCCACAUCAAACGCUACACUCGAGGACAAGCUAACAACAAAGUGUCCUUCCUGCGUUUCUAUCCCCCCAAAGAGGAUGGAAGCACGGAUGGUGUCCCUGUAAAGAAGAAGAAGAAGGAAGGUGAACGGCAAAGGGUGCUAAAAAUACGGCAGAAUUCAGACAAUCCUCUUCGUUGUCCUGUCAGGCUUUACGAGUUCUAUCUCUCAAAAUGCUCGCCCGGAAUAAGACAAGACACAACCCAGUUUUAUCUGAGCCCCGAGCGCUCCUGUGUACCCAGCAGUCCCACGUGGUUCUCAAUCACCUCAUUGAGUGACGAGGUUCUGGACAGCAUGCUCACACGUAUCCUUACUGUCAGAGAGCUGCACCUAGAGAGAGAAACAUCACCCAACGAGACUGAUUCAGAAAGUGAUUCGGACUUCACACUGAUUUAGUACCACAGCACUGAGAAAACCUGAAUCCUGAACCGGAUUUUGACUGUUCUGAAUGUUGGAAAGCAAGUGGUUGAUCAUUUCGUUUCCUUAUUCAAUCUUCUUUUAGUUAUAAGGACGUACACAGCUACAGUGGGAUUAUUGUAAGUCGCCACCUUUAUAUUUAAACACUAAAGACAUUGAAAGCAUCAUUCCAAAACCAAAUUUUGAAAUUGUUUUUCAUUGCAAGCCAUGUUGGUUUAAAUAGAUGCAGUGUUCCUGAAACUGACUCCUGAUGCCUUUUUUUAUGGAUAAAUGAAGACUGAUUGAAA